AUGGUCUCCUUUACAGCCGGUCUUGUCGCCUUCGCGACCAUUAUGGGCGUCAUCGCUGCCCCUGUGGAUGGCCCCGCCGACGUCACUAUCUCGAAGCGCAGCAGCCCUAACAGCUCGGGCACCAACAAUGGUUUCUACUACCAGUUUUGGACUGAUGGCCAGCGUGGCACCGCAACUUACACAAACAAGGCGGCUGGCGGGUACUCUGUCACAUGGUCGGGCAUCUCCGAUAUGACAUCUGGCAAGGGCUGGAAGUCUGCACAGCCUAGGAACAUUACGUUCACUGGCAACGUCAAGGCACAAGGCAACUUCUAUCUAGCUGUCUACACCUGGUCGCAGCACGGCGAAAACUACAUUCUCGAGGACUACGGCUCGUACAACCCGUGCAGCCAAGGCAAAACGGUUGGCACUAUCACCAGUGAUGGCAGCCAAUACCAGAUCUGCACGGUCGACCGCGGAAACAACUACAUUCAGAACUGGUCCAUCCGCCAGAACAAGCGCUCCAGCGGUACCGUCACCACCGCAAACCACUACAAUGCGUAUGCUGCGCACGGCUUGAACCACAACCCUCUCAGCGAAGCCGCUUAUCAGAUUGUAUCGACUGAAGGAUUUGGAAGCUCAGGCUCGGCUGACAUUACAGUGUCUUAG